AUGCAGUCUGUGCCAUGGCGGUGUCUUGGCCGGCAUCUCGCCAGCUCGUCUCCCCGAAGCAGGUUCACACUCACUUUGGAGCAAUUCAGAGACCAAUACUUUAUGCCGGAAUUGCCCCUGAUCAUCGAACAGGACCAGAAAUCUUCCAGUCGUCCUCAGGACUCGCUUAGCCCGUCCUUUCCGAGGGUCCACAGUCUCUGGUUCAAACACGCUCACUUCGCGUCUGCCGUGGUCAACGUGGCUGUGGCAGGGCAGCAGACAUGCUUGAACAACGUUGACCAACUCGGGCCCCGUCUGCAACAGGAUGCAGUUGUCUCAACACGCCUCCCAUAUGAACUCAUGGUCUCGUCUCGGGAUCUCGACAUUUUGCAUGAAUUCGACUUGUGGAUUCGCGCACUCAAAGAUGACGACCAUGCAACCUGGAUCGCCGAAACAGUUGCUCGGGCUAUUUCUGCAGAAGGACAGCUGCUAGGAGACGACGGCGCUGGCGGCCCUCGGGUGGUCCGGUUCGAGGCACCGCUCAGGUUACUUUUCCUGGCAAGCGCGUUUAAUUGUGCCAGAAGCCGCGCCCGCGGCUCAACGCCACUGUGUCGUCUCUACAUAGCCCAAGCCCCCAUCUCAGAUCUCCCCCUAGAGCUACAAGAAGACUUGCCUGUCCCUGAGCUUGUUCUUCAGGCAGGUAAGGGUGAUGUAUAUGGCACCAGCAUCUGGAUGGGCCUGGCGCCGACAUAUUCUCCCUGGCACCGAGACCCAAACCCAAACCUAUUUCACCAGCUAUAUGGCGGCAAGACAUUUCGAAUCAUGCCUCCAGCUCCUGGCGAGCAGCUGUUUAGGGAGGUCCAAUCACGCAAUGGGCUGGUCUCCAACCCCCGGAUCCGAAGCAUGGGCAUGUUCCAGGGUGCUGAGGCGUCCGCUCUCCGCGAGGCCAUCUGGGGACCGACGUCAGGGCACCUCCCGGGGCUUCUCGAGGCACGGUUACGUCCCGGAACUAGCCUUUUCCUGCCCGGGGGCUGGUGGCACAGUGUCCAGAGCGAAUCGGGGGACGGGAUGCUAAACGCCUCUGUCAACUUUUGGUUCCGAUAA